AGCGCCUGCGGUCCCCGGCUCGCCGAGGGCGACGUGGAGCUGAACGGGGCCGGGCGGCGUUCGGGAAGGCCGAGGAAGCGGGGCUACCUGGCCGAGCUACCAUGUCGAAGGUCUCCUUUAAGAUCACGCUCACGUCCGACCCGCGGCUGCCCUACAAAGUACUCAGUGUUCCUGAAAGUACUCCCUUCACAGCAGUCUUAAAGUUUGCAGCAGAAGAAUUUAAAGUUCCUGCAGCAACAAGUGCAAUUAUUACCAAUGAUGGCAUAGGGAUAAAUCCCGCACAGACUGCUGGAAAUGUGUUUCUAAAGCAUGGUUCAGAACUGAGAAUUAUUCCUCGAGAUCGCGUCGGGAGUCGUUCACGGCUGCUGCUGGAAACAUACCUGUCACAAUAAAUAUUGAUACUUUUUGUUAUAAAAUUGAAAUCAGGCCUUUCACAUGCUGUGAUACAAGAGUCAAUGAAAUAGUGAAAAGUGCUUCUCCUCUCCGUUCUUGCUUACAUCCCUGUGCUGAAGGAUUGCUGACGCGCUGAGGUCAUGGCCAGCGGGCGGGCCGGGCCACCUCACAGACAGGCAGGUGCUCGCGUGCAGUGGACGGGUUAGCAGGCUGGAGCUGGAGCAUGCUUCUGAUCAUUUUUUUCUGAGAACAUUUGCAAAAUUAAAUUUACUCAGUCUUAAAUGUUUGUCUUUGAGUUAAAAAUAUAAAAUCAUUUAGCAUCAUAAAUGGCAGUUUGCAGCGUCUGACUUGGCAGACUCAAAUAGUGUGAGUCUUGUAGUUGAUGAAGGUGAUUGAUGCUGUCUUAUUUAGGUUGUUUUUAAGUUUCAAAACUCCAUGAGUCACAUGAAAGAACAAAAACUGUUUAAUCAUUCAUGUGUGUGUGUGCCACACCGUUGUUUUAGUGGCCAUCUUACAGGAUCCAAGUUUCUAAUGGUGAGAAUCAACGAUCUAGAAGCUUCCUUUGUUAAGCUAUGCUUUUCUUUAUCAGUUGAUUUUAGUGCAAUAACAUGAAGAAAGCACUACCUUCUAAAUAGCAUUCGGAAAUCAUGUUGCCAAAACUGGAAUUUACAAUAAAGUUAAAGGAAAUGCAACCAGUUAACACUUGCCUAAGGCCUCAGCUUGUAAGGAAGCACUAAAAUUAAUGCAGCUGGAUAAAUAGCCAGGAAAGUAAGAAUGGGAAAACCCUCAGUCAGGAAGGAAAGCAAGGAAGCUGAACAGUGGAGGGGAACGGGAACGGAAGGGGAGGAACUUGAGAUGGCUCGGAAGAGGCCCAUGGCAUCAGUCAGCUGUGGGCAGAGGUGUGAUGGGCAGAACUGAAAGGAAAAGCAGACUGCCCUACAAUGACAUGCACGUACACCUAUGGCAGUUAGAGCAACGAAGGGAUAGGCCCUGCCAGGAGACAGGUUACAGAGUGUCCCUAGGGCAUUGCAGAGUGACAUCCACAAGGAUUUUGUCAUUCCAGAAGCAUUCAGUAGCUGCAGGUCGUGAAAGAUGAGCCACAGCGAAUCAGAAUCCCUGCUAGGUUAGCUCUGUUCUGAAUGAUAAACCUCAAGGAGUAAAGACCGUAUCCUGGGCCUUCCUGCAGCUAAGAUUCUCAUACUAGGUUUCAUAAUUUCCCAAUGCAGGCUCUUGAUUCAUUGAAAAAAAAAUGCAACAUAAUAGUAUACGUAUUGAUGCCACUAAUUAAGACAUUUCCAGAUCGUGCUCGUAAAGCGGACAGUGAGCAGGAUUCUGAGGUCACCACGGGAAGCUUGCCGAGUUAGGAAAGAAUGUGAAAAGGAGUUUUUAGAAACAAUAUCUGAUGCUCAAAAGGCCCUUGUUCCUUACAGAAUAGCCUCAACCACAAGUUUGUGUAUACUGUUUCCCCCCAAUGUUUUAAUUGGACUAUUUUCCAAUAGUUUGUAACAGAAAAAUCUGCUUGCUGUGUUGCGUAACUAAGUUUGUACCGUCCUGUGCCAUUAAAGCAUUUAGUUAUAUUUUUGUUCCAUGGUUUUGAAAAGUAUAUAUUGUGGCAAGCCCUUUAAAAAACAUUUUAUUAGACUAAGUAUUUUGUUAUUAAAUCCAAAUGGUCUGUAGAUUCUUUGUGUAGAAUUUUUAAAGUAUUGUACUUAGCCUAAAUGCAUCCAAGGCCCUUAAUUACUUUAUCGUAUAAAAUACACUUUGUUGUACUAUA